UGCAAGUUAGCAAUAAAGAAAAGAGAGAGAGAGAGAGAGAGAGAGAGAGAGAGAGUGAAAGUACUUCUCGUGAGCUUUUAUUCCUUCUCUUCUCUCUCUCACCCUCGCCAAGCUCUCUAGUACUCAUUGGAGUUUCUCUUAUGGAGUUGUAAAGCAAAGAGGAGGAGGAGAUGACUUCAGGAGUGGGGAGAAUGCCAACUUGGAAGGAGAGGGAGAAUAACAAGAGGAGGGAGAGGAGAAGGAGAGCAAUUGCAGCAAAGAUAUUCUCAGGGUUGAGAGCUAUGGGGAACUACAAGCUACCCAAACAUUGUGAUAACAAUGAGGUUCUUAAAGCUCUCUGUGCUGAAGCUGGUUGGAUUGUUGAACCAGAUGGUACCACCUACCGCAAGGGUUGCAAGCCAACACCACCGCCACCAACCGGUGCACCGCCACUCGGCCAGUCUACUAACAUAAGCCCUUGCUCUUCCCACCACCCGAGCCCCGUCCCUUCCUACCAUGCCAGCCCAACAUCAUCAUCUUUUCCGAGCCCCACCCGUGUCAGUAACCCUGCCGCCGUCAACCCUUCCUAUCUCCUUCCCUUUCUCCAUAACCUAUCGUCCCUCCCGCCUCUCCGUAUCUCCAACAGUGCCCCAGUUACACCACCUCUUUCAUCCCCCACUGCUUCCCGCCCGCCUAAAAUCCAAAAGCCUGACUGGGAUUACUCUGCAUUUUGCCACCCUCUAUUUGCUGCCUCAGCUCCUGCAAGCCCCACUCGUGCUCGGCAGCACUUCUACCCUGCAACAAUUCCUGAAUGCGAUGAAUCUGAUGCAUCCACUGUCGAUUCAGGCCGUUGGGUUAGCUUCCAGCUGAGCACUGCUCCUGCAUCCCCCACAUUCAAUCUAGUUAAGCCUCUUGCACCUGUGCAAGAUACUUGCAUUGGAACCAAUGCCAAUGUUAAUGCAAGCAUAGCGGAGAUUUCCCGGGGUGGUGGUACAGAGUUUGAGUUUGAGAACAGGAUGGUUAAAGCUUGGGAGGGAGAAAGGAUCCACGAAGUUGCCGUUGAUGAUCUUGAGCUCACACUUGGAACUCGGAAGAAUCAUGGAUGAGUUUGAAGGAUCAUAUAUAUAUAUACAUCUUGACGCAUUGGUGGUUGUUGUCUCCAUUUAGGAAUGACUGAUGAGUGAUAAUGUAUUCUCUUCAGAAAUGAGUUGUGUAUGAUGAGUGCAUACAUAUUCAUUCAUUCAUUCUGUUAGUUCUCAGGCUCAAAUUAUUGUGUUGAGAGUUCUAUGUUUUGUUGAUUGAGUAAUGGUCUUGUUUGGUUUGUAAAUGGGAAGAAUACGUCUUGGGGAAGAAAGACAUCUCUUCUUGUUUUAUACAACUUGGAUAAGUGGGAGUUCAAAUGUGUUUUUCUUUUUA